AUGAAGGAGCAGUUCCAGAUUGUUAGGAACCAGCUUGACAUCAUCUCCAGGCAGAUUUCAGAAGUCCUUCGGGAGAUUGAGAGAAGCACCAUCAACAGCCAGUAUUUCCCCAUUGAAGAAAACCUCAAGAACCAGUUCAGGAAGUACAUGGGCAUUCUCAAUGCAGCACCAGCAUUUCGACACAAGGAGAAGGAAGAGUUCCUCAAACACUUUGAUGAGACCAAGGGAGACCAGAACCUCCACACUCUUUAUGACGGGGUAAUGAGUAACACUGCCAUCUUUGCAAAGCCCAUUCUGGAGACCGCCAUGAACUGUGACCGGAGGAACCGGUGCCUGAUGGAGAGUCUCUGCGCCCGACUGAAAUAUAUGUUCUGUAUCGGCCUGAUUGCCCUGCUGGGACACGCUGGCAUUACUGGGAAUGAUGUAACAGCUCUGGUGUUGGAAUGGAAUCAGAAACAGGCUGAAAUAGAGGCCAAAAUGAAAUCCAUGAUAGAUUGGUGCAUCAAUGAGUUUGUGGAGCAGGCGAAGAUAGAUGGUGGAAGAAGAAGAAGAGGAUGGUGA